AUGGCCCCAGGGGCCCCUCAUGAGGCCUUUCACACCUCCUUUCCCCUUCCCUCAUUCUUCAGACGGCACGAGCUGACCAGCAGCCGCAGUCAUGGCCCCCCAGCUGUCUCAGCGGAGCAUCGGUUUCCGCAGACCAGCGUGGGCUUCUACCUUGAUAGAAGAAGACAGAAAGUCAAUCGAAAGAAUGCGGAUGCCCCGCGGGCCCCGAAGCACAUCGAUAUGCACGCCCUUCUACAGCGGCUGCACGAGUCAGCCAUGCAGCAGCCAACAGUAACAGCAUCAGUGGCAACACUACCAGCGGCAGCACCGCCAGCAGCUCCUGCUGGGGAUGCAUGA